AGGGAUUUUUUAUCUAUGAUUAUAAGCCGGUUAGGAAGAUAAUGUUGAACAGUUGAGAAUCGAAACAAAUAAAGUAAUAAAAUACUUGGAAAUAAUAACAUUCGGGGAAAACCAAGAGGUUUCCCCGUUAAACCUCAACCAGCAUCGAAAAUCUUUUCAGUACAUCUCCAAACUCUCGAUAAAAAUGAAGAGAAAUAAUUUGAAUGAUAAUGAAGAAAUGCCUAAACGUAAACAAAAAUUUAAUGAAUUCACUAACGAAGAAGAUAUGUCAACAAACGAUAAGCAAGAGCCAUUAUCUAUUAAAGAAAGGGAAUAUAUACAACAACUAUUCAAGGAAAAGUCAGAUUUAGAUCAGGUCUUACACAACAAUGCUAUCAGGCUGUUGGAUCAAGAAAUAUCAAAAGUACAAAGCAGUGGAAAGAUCCCGCCCAGGGAAUUCAGAUAUGUGAAUAUUUACAGAGAGAAGCCCAUCAAGUUGAGUACGAAAGUUCUGGUACCCGUUCAAGACCAUCCAAAAUUUAAUUUCGUCGGUAAACUAUUAGGCCCUAAGGGCAACUCCCUGAAACGACUUCAGGAGGAGACUAUGUGCAAAAUGUCCAUAUUGGGCAAGGGGUCCAUGAGAGAUCCGUGCAAAGAACAAGAAUUAAAAAACUCUCUCGAUCCCAAAUACGCCCAUCUCAUGGAGGAACUCCAUGUCGAAGUUACAGCAUUCGGACCACCGGCAGAGGCUUAUGCCAGAAUGGCUUUCGCUCUGGCCGAAAUUCGGAAAUAUUUGAUACCCGACAAGAACGAUUCCAUCAGGCAGGAACAACUGAGGGAACUCGAAAGUUUGAGCGUCUCCGGACCGUACCGGGAUCUCGAAAUGGUCAAAAUGCCACCCAGAGGUCCUCCCCCGCCCUCGGUGAUGCGUACCGCGACUAGGACGCCGGUGAUGACUCCACGUGUCAUGCCGGCCAAAACGAAAAUCUUGUCUAUCCUGGACAGGGCCAGGUUAGCUCUCGAGGAAAGUUACAGUAACGAUGAGCCAUCCUACGCCCAUGGACGUCAUUUAGGGCCCUUCGAAGAUUCAAAUUCGAAUUAUAGAUAUGAAGAACACGAUUAUGCCCCUGUCGAUUAUUACAGGAAAGAUUAUGGAGAUGCACCUAGUCAACGAUGGAGACCCAUUCCUCCAGGUACGCUUGGUCGUUCAUCUGAAACUUCUAGGUAUCGCUCGAGCAACUACCCGAGAUCAUCAUCGAAAGGAACCUAUUAAGUUGUUUAAAAUUACGUUGAAAGUUUGAUUGAUUAAUAUCGAUAUUAAAUAAUUAUAGUGAUCAAAUAUCUAACAUAAACUGAAGUUGAUGUAUUCAGACUUAUAAUUCAAUAAAUCUCAUAAAAAAUAA